UUUAACCAACAAUGUGUGCAGUCAACAACAUAUGACUGUGUUAACAAAUAUUUAACUAGAGAAGAAAACUGUUUCUUUUGCCUUCAAAUUUAUAACUCGUACCCGUGUUGUCAACUAACAUACAGUACGAGAGUUACUUUGACUUAUAAUCGAUGCAUAUAUCGUGACAAUGGACAAUAAAACCUCCGUCACUAACGACGACCUGCCCGAUUGUUGGAUUAAAAGACCAUCGAAAAGUCAUCCUGAUCGCUCUUAUUAUUACAACACUGUUACGAAGCAGUCGCAAUGGACUGUACCACUAUCCCCUGGUGACAAACAGCGGAAACAUCAGUCGAGAGAUAAGGGACUAGCUGAAUCGCCCAAGGGUAAUGAUAAAAAUGACGGGAAAAACCUCAAGAUCAGCAGCAGUUCGAAACAGAUUAAGAAGAGCCAGGCAAAAACGCCAGCACAAGAUCGUCUCCACAAUUUGGCCAAAGAGCUCAAAAAUGCAUCGCAAGCGAAGCUCCGUGGAGGGAAUGUGGCCGAACAAUUCAAAAAUGCAUCUCCAGUUAAGCUUCGUGGAGGGAAUAUUGGCGAACCACUCAAAAAUGCUUUGUCAACUAAGCCCCGUGGAGUGAACUUGGCCGAGCAGCUCAAACAAGCAACACCAGAGCAGUAUCGCCUUUUAAAUUUCGGCCGAAAAAAUGGAACUGACUCGGGACGGUUAAAUGUGAUAAAAAAGACCAGCAGUGCAGCCGAUGCCAAUAAAUCGAAGUUGAAAGACGUUCAAAAUGUCACCACACGAACGAAUAAUUUUAAUCGCUCGGCGGAAGUGCGUACACCACACAAACCAUCCACGAAUGACACCAAUGUAUCCUAUCCAUCGGACGAAAUACCUAGCCUUUUUCCGCCGAGAACUCCUGGCCAGAACAGGUUGGAUCGACUGCGCCACAGUUUGAAUUCAGAAUGUGCGAACACACCAAGCGAAUCAGCACAACAUGCCUUAACCAUAAUCCAAUCGGAGUUUGGCCUAUCAUCGGCCGCAUCGCCCAAUACUUGCAAUCACCAUGCAACCAUCGACGAGGACGAACCUAUGGACUGGGAACCUUGUGAUGUAUUCGAGGAAGUCGAGAAUUUCGUCUACAAUGAGUCAAAGCACGCGUACAUUGUACCAGAUACUAAUGUGUUCCUCGACGAAUUGUCCUGCAUUAGAGACACCAUUCAAAGGGAUGGCAAGUACAACGUUCUGGUGCCAUUUGUUGUGCUGCAGGAACUGGAUCGGCUGAAAGGACGGACGGGUGAUUCACGGAUCUCGCAGUUAGCGUCUGCUGCUAUCAGAUUCAUUUUCAACGAACUGAAAUCGAAGACGCAAAGAUUGCAGGGUCAAAAAGCCACCGAAGAUUGUUCACAUCUCAUCGAUGUGAUAAAUGCCGACGAUAAAAUCCUCAAUUGUUGCCUACAACUGUUGCGUCAAUCGCGCGAAACGAUUUUGAUUAGCAACGAUAUCAAUUUAUGCAAUAAAGCCAUUGCUAGCGGAGUUGCAACAAUGACAUCCAAGGAAUACAAAGCGAUAAACAAUUGAAGCGAAUGCUGUGAGACAGAGGAUACAUUUACACGAUUACAUUACGAUUACGAUAAGAUACUGUUGAGACUGAAUAUCAUUAUUGAGAAGAUGUGAACUUUAUGAAUUUCUAUGUUUUUUAAAUAAUUAAACGGAAAAUCUAGUCAGUUAAGAGGUCACACUUCAACUGGAUUUAAGAUAAGAAAAGAAUUUCUAUUUUUUUUAUGGGAAUAUUUCGAUUGUUAAACAUAAAACCGAAGAAAAGAUAAGAAAUAAAAUCAAAUGAAUUCUUAAAUU